UGGGUUAAUAUGUUUUAUUCUUUUUUUACAAGGUUUUUUCACCAUGUCGAAUCUUACUACUCACUGCCAAGGUGCCAACUCGGAUUGACUGCCACUUCCAUUACUUGGAAGUACAAACGUUAGAAAGCAAACGAGGUAAUCAACUCAGUAUAACGGUUAAUGAUAAAAUCUACUCAUUUUUGGCCGGCGAAGACUCCUCCUGUAGCACUGAAGUGGAUAAUAUGAUAUCGGCGCUUGCUACGGCAGUAAGAAACAUAUUUCCUACUGUUCCUUUACAGUAUAUUAUUCGGAAGAUUGAUGUAAUACCCACAUCGAGAUUACAAGUUUUAAGAGACAUCGAAGCCGUUGGAAGUAACAUAAGGGAAGUAGGCCCAUGCGGAGGUUUUUCAAAUCAAUAUGCUUGCAUGUGCGAUUACCACAACAUGCCGUAUCGAGAGGAAGUCGCUUGGGACGUCGACAAUAUUUAUCUUUCUCUAAACACUAGGGAGUUAUGCCUUAAGGAUUUUGAUUAUUUAGAUCAAAAAGAUUUAGUGCCUAUUAUAAACGCAUUGGAAUACAAUACAUGGUUCACAAAACUUAGGGCUAACCAUGUACGAUUAUCUCACGAUAACAUCGAAAAGGUGCUUCAAGUGAUCAAAAAAUCGCUUAGUUUGGAAGAGAUUUAUUUAGAUAGUUUAGGUUUGAAGUCGUGUUUUGUGAAUAAAUUGCAUAAUGCUAUUAAAGGAAACGCUAUUAUUCCUUUAAGUAUUAUUGAUCUUUCAAAUAAUCCAAUUGAAGAUAAAGGUAACCUAUAAAAUCAAUUAUGUACAUUAAAACCUCG